UUGAACGAAGAAAAUAAAAUCAUUGACAACGAAUGUUUUUCAUUUUCCUUAAUUCAGUCUUACUAUAAUCAGAGAUCAUUUCUAUUGUAAAUUUUUAACGAUUAAAAACAGUACGCCUUCUUUAACUCCAUAACCUUUAUUAAAAAGAGAUGUUGAAAAAUAAAUUACACGCUUUGGAGCUCUUGCUUAUUAUUCCCUUUUCCAUUACUAAACUAGUUACAUUCUAUUAGUAUUCCCUUUUCCAUUACUAAACUAGUUACAUUCUAUUAGAGAUGUGAUUCAGUCUUAGUACUUCUUUUUCAAAUUAAAUUAGAAACGAAAGCAAGAGAAAAGGCAACGCAUCUUUUAUCCAAUACUAAAUACACAACUAAAUAGAAUGAAGCGAAGACUCAUAAUACAAUAUCUUGGCAUUGAUUCAAUUCAGAUGAUUUGUCGUAGGUUUGUUGAAUAGCGCGUUAUUCGAUUAUUAUAAGUUGAAUCAGCUUCCAACUUUAUUCGGUCUUGUGAAUUCGAAUUGAGUUUGGUUCACAGAAAUGUAAGUGAAAUGGUCCGUACACGAAUGCAAUAAAUUUAUAGAAAAAUGUGAAUAACGAAUGAUUUGGCUUUAAGCUACCUGCAAGCUAUCAUGAAACUCAUUUUCAGAUUCGAAUUUUUUGCGAAAAGAAAAAUACUUGUAUCACUCGGCACAUGUCUAACAGAAAAGAGUUUGUGUACAGCGUAAAAAAUCUGACGGUGGAGAGUUUCGAAAAAUCAUUAUGAUACGCAACUAGUUUUAUCAGUGUUAUAAAUAUUGAAAGCUGACGCCAAAUACUCUUCUGUCAUUGUUAGCAUUAAAAUGUAUUAAAACAUCAGAAACAUAUUCACAUGGAAACACUGAAUCGACAGCAUCAAUUUGAGCCACAAAAUGUAAGCGAUUGUGUUUAUGUGUCAAUCCCUCGUGUAGUUUCGCUCCGCACAUUGAACGUUGAAAUCCAAACAAUCAUCGAUCUAUGUGAGAACUCCCAAUAUUUAUGAUUGUAAAUAAAGAUGGAUCACUUUGGUAUAUUAAGCAAUAUAAUAUGCCAUUAGAAAAUAUAAUAUUAUUUAUGUUUAUGUAUUAAAUGGAUGAAACAAGACAUUUGCUCUUGAUUUCACUGUACAAUGUUCCGCUUUGACACACAUUUAACCACAAAUAUUUUCGUUUGAAAUGAUUCCCUGACGUAACACUUUGAUAUCGAAUUCGAUUACUUCUACAUUUUUUGUUUGGACCAAUUUCAUUUCGUUUUGUUUGUGGAAGCAAGGCGAUACUCAUAGAUAGUACAUGAUUUGUAGAAGAUAUUGUCGUUUCGAUCUGGGAUUUCGUUUGAACAUUUAUUCAUUCUAUUUUAAUAAUUGUAUUUUUUACGUGCAAUUUUUUUAUUUUAAUUCUGAGUCUGACUCUUACUUUACUGAUAUUUUAUGCCUGUCGCUUAAAUUUUUCCAAGGCUAACGUGACUUUUGAUCGUCGCAUCUAAAAUGAAAAUAAAAUUAUUCAGAAAAUCUCCAACACCGUUUCAAAUGUAAAAUGACUGGAAUUUCAACUAUAUUUUCAAUGAAGCUGUCAUUUCGGAAUAUUCUGAAGAUGAGUAAAUAUCUUUUUCUUGUAUGAUAAAAGGCCGUCUUGGCCAAAAGCACACCAACCGAAAUCAGAAACAUAUUUCAAUCGAAUAUAUUUCGUUCAUAGUUAUCACGCGGAUUGUGGAAAAAGUGGUUCAUAAAAAUAGCCGUGGAUCAAUUGAUUUCUUUAAUUGAAAUUAAAUUAUUGCCGAAAAAAAAGAAUUGAAUUAUUCGAGAAUUCCUUGUUUUUCCAAGACUGAUUUCAAAGUAGACUGUGAAUAACUCACGCCUUCAUGCUCAUGCCUCCGUCUCGGCAAAAUUUAAUCGCAAUUUUUUUUUAUUGAUUCUACCAAAUAAUUACAAUCCAUGUAGAUCGACUGAGUUUUUGUCCAUUUGUGAGCGUGCGUGAGCUCAAGUGUGUUCAGCUGUGGUUAACGCUUUGUGUUGUUGUUAAUUUUUAAUGAAUUUUCUACGUUGUGGUCUAGCGGCGAAUGCGCCAAAAUAAUAUAUAAAUAGAAAUCGUUAUGAGGAUCGUUGAAAUAAAUAGAUCACAAUGUCAGAUUAACAUCGUUCUAUUCUCAACCAAGUGCGUGUAUGUUUCUUGAAGCUUUCCACAUGCCAAGCUAUUUUCUAACGGGACAGCGCAUGAAUUUUAUUUCAAUUCAACGGCAUUUGGCUUGGAGUGUCUUUUGAAGUCAUUUCAUUUUGAAAAUUGAAUAGCGGAAUCGAUCCGGGCACCUAAACGCUUGCGGUACACGCUGAAAAUAUCUGGCCGUAUGCCAUAAAUCAGUAAACAGUUGUAUCGCACAAAACUCGCCAUACCGAAGUCAAGCAUGAUUCGAUCAUCGUUGUUCGAACAUAUUACAAAUGCAAUGACACAUCGGCAAUAUUUCUUGUUGUUUCAUAUUUCUUCCGAACAAUUCAUUUUGAGAAUGCGCCUCGUUGUCGUUUAUUUUAUUUCAUUUCAUUUCAUUUUUGCUGUUGUAUUUGGUUUACUGAUCGUUAUUGCGUUUUCGGAUGCGCUUAACAUCAACGUUUCAGAAUUUUCCGAAGCACAGAAAUAUUUCUAAAAAUACCAAUGUGGUAGUUGCGGUACUUUUGUUGUAUAUAUGUUUCGAUAUUUGCUCGUUUUACGAUAAACCAUAGCACAACAACUUGAAGGCAACAUAUAUUUCCAUUUUUUUUCUUGUUGCCUGUUUUGUAGUUGCGUCAGCUUUGUUGUUAAGAUCAAACAGCUCUCUCUCUCUCUCUCACUCUUUUCCUCUUCCUCUCUUUCUUGAGAAAAUGCAAUACAAACAAGAUCGGCGAUAAAAGUGAAACGUCCGCAGCGGUAAUGUCGUAGGUUUGCGGUGCGUUACUCCUUAGUUUCAUCGAAAAUAAGCUGACUGCCUAAAUAUUUUUAAGAAACAUACGUCUGAGGCUCAGAGCGUUUUUCAUUUGUUCGCGUGUCAGAAAAGAAUUCCUUCUGGAAAUAGCAGUUUUGUAUUACGGUGUCGCGACAGCUUGUGUGCACUUGUCUCUUCGAUUAUAUUGAAUUGGAAAAUAUUCUGAGCGAUAUUUCGUUCGUAAUAAUUCUUUGGUUUCCGUUCGGUGUCAUUCAUUUCGUUGAUUUUUCCAAGAAAAUUAAAAAAAAUUGAACGUAUUGAUUUGUGAAAAAAAAAUAGUUUAACUACGGUAUAAACAACAUGGCUGAUGUUGAAGUCAGACGGGACAGUCUGAUAAAUGAGACAACCACCAAGAAAACGCGUAAAGUUAAGAAAACUAAGCGUCGUGAAUCGGCCGAUCAAGGUUCAGAAAUCACUAUUACGGAAGUUGAACAAACUGGUGACCAAGAUGAAGAGGGUGGUGAAUACACGAAAGCAAUGAAUCAGGACUGGCAUUCUGGCCAUUUUUGUUGCUGGCAGUGUGAUGAAAGUUUGACUGGACAACGUUAUGUAUUGAGAGACGAGAAUCCAUACUGCAUCAAAUGCUAUGAAAAUGUCUUUGCAAAUACUUGCGAUGAAUGCAACAAGAUCAUUGGAAUCGAUUCAAAGGAUUUGUCCUACAAGGAGAAGCACUGGCAUGAAGCUUGCUUCCUUUGCAAUAAGUGCCGUGUAUCGUUGGUUGAUAAACAGUUCGGAUCGAAAGCCGAGAAGAUUUACUGCGGCAAUUGUUAUGACUCACAAUUCGCAUCACGUUGCGACGGCUGUGGUGAAGUAUUUCGUGCUGGCACGAAAAAAAUGGAAUACAAGACACGACAAUGGCACGAAAAAUGCUUCUCUUGUUGCGUGUGCAAAAAUCCUAUUGGCACGAAGUCAUUUAUACCGAAGGAACAGGAAAUCUAUUGCGCCGGCUGCUAUGAGGAGAAGUAUGCAACUAGAUGCAUCAAAUGCAACAAAAUCAUCACUUCUGGUGGUGUAACAUAUAAAAACGACCCAUGGCAUCGGGAGUGCUUUACAUGCACUCAUUGCUCGACUUCUUUGGCAGGUCAGCGUUUUACAAGUCGUGACGAUCAUCCAUACUGUGCUGAAUGCUUUGGAGAGCUCUUUGCUAAGAGAUGUACGUCAUGUACAAAGCCAAUUACAGGAAUUGGUGGAACGCGAUUCAUUUCGUUCGAGGAUCGACACUGGCACAAUGAUUGCUUUAUUUGUGCAAGCUGCAAAACGUCGCUUGUGGGACGUGGGUUCAUAACCGACGCUGCUGAUAUCAUCUGCCCAGAAUGCGCCAAAGCAAAGCUCAUGUAAAUUCAGUCUCUCCUGUCUUUAUUUUGAAGCAAAGCGAGGGAGAGAGAGAGAAGCAAGUUCGUCAUCAGCGGCGAUUCAAGUACUAAAUAACAAAAACAAUGCCAACUAACGAAUGAAAAGCGUGUACAAUGAAAUUUUAAUUCAAUGGUCUUAUUGCAACAGCUAUGAGCAUGGCUCUGAAAUUAGAUGUUUAUUCUAACCUACAAACUCCAUCAAUUUUUCGAUCAAUCGAUAUUUUAAAUGCAUUUAUACUAAUGAGCAAAAUGCGCAGCUGUAACUUUUAAAGUUAACCACCAAAAAUCGACCAUAUUACGCGUUUGGAAAAUUAUACUAACCAAAAUUUAAACUCGACAACGAAUAAUUUUUUUUCUAAAGUUAACCAUUUAGAUACAUUGCUUAUAACUCUAAUCGAAUGAAUCUAACAAUUAGCGUAGAUGUUGUGUUUGUAAUUGGCUAUAGUAUACUACAGAUGCAGCGCCAUGGUGUUAUCGCUAUAAUAAUAGUAUGAAUAACAUAAUUACUUCAACCAAAUGGAGCUGCGAAAAGAGAAUGAAAAUAUAAUGCAGAGGACAGACGCUGCGAAUAGCUGUAAUGAACAAAGUGAAGACAGCUUGAUACUACGCAAACGAAAAUCAAUAAAUUUUAUUUUUAAAAUAAUAUAUAAAUAAGAACAAAAUUUGGCGUUUGUUAAUGGUUAACUCUUUGCAUGAAAGAAUGCUGUUCUUCUCUAAAAAUUAAAACAUCGAUCACACAGAAUUUUUAGAGCGCGUCUUUUAAAACGUUCUCGAGGCAGAAAUGUUUCUUUUAAUUUUCUGUGUGAUUAUUCACUUAUAUACACUGUUUCUUAAACGCAAUAAUAGUCGCUUAUUUAAAAAAAAACACACAAAAUUAAAUGAUUUAUGAAUAGAAGUUGUUUAUAGUAUUCAAUUCAAGACAAAUUGAAAUGUUAUCAGUGAAUGAAUAAAGAGUUCUUUAAAAAUAAACAAAA